CGAACGGUCAGUGCGUUGGCAUCGUUUGUCCUGAGCGGUUGUUCCGGGAUCUCUUCGUGUUGUAAGCUACACAGCCAAAAGCAAGGCAUCAAGCUACGCUUGAAGUUGCAAAAGGGAUAGAAAGAGAGAGAGAGAGAGCGAGAGAAAGAGGCGCUAAACGCUGAGGAUAAGUUUGUACGAGCGUCAUUCAUCAACUGUACGUUGGUUAUAGCGUGUGGUAAUACUCGUAAGACGAAGGCUGGAACAAGACCGCGCUUUACCGCUUUUACAGUGCAAGGAAAGAAGCCUCGUUGACAGCAACACAAGCGAUUGUUAGUGAUAUACACAUCUCAUCGCGUCCUGCACCACCGGUACUAGAAGCAGACUUAACUAAGGAAUUAAAAAGCCCCCCCCGCUGCACCAACAACAACCAAAACCAACCAAAAUGAGUUCUGCAGACAAAAACAGUGAAGUUGAGGUUGAGAAUGUUGCCGCCGCUGAAGAGAAAGCAGAAACCAAGGAGGUGAAAGGAGUGAAGCGGCCUGCUGAUGAAAAAACUCCAGAGUCGAAAAAAGUGAAGAAGGACGAAAAUGGCGCUGGUGAGGAGGAAGAGGAUGUAGAAGAUGAGGGUGAGGAGCUGGAAGGUGAGGACGAGGAGUACGACCUUCCCUACGGCGACGAAGAGGACAUCGAGGCAGAAGACGAAGAAGAGGAAGAAGGGGACGAAGUCGAGGGAGAGGAGGACGAUGAGGACGCGUAAUGAAUGAGAGUGCGUAUGUGAGAGUGAGACUAACUAAAACAAAAAAAGAAAACAAACAAAAUAAUUAGUAAUAGGUGAUUUAUUAUUUUGAAUUUGUGUUAGUGGAGCUGCAAAUAAGUAUAUGCAUCAAGGAAAACAAUUGUAAAGUUUGUUUGUGUAUAUAUUUUAUAAAAAAGGAAGAAGAAAACCUAACAAAAUAAGCGAAACACGCAGGACGACAGUACAGUGAAGAUCACGCGAGAAAAAAAAAUCACAUAAUGGAAACGAACAUAGAGCAGGGAAUAAGAAGGCAGCAUCCAUAAACCACCUUCUCGCACUCGUAAAGGGUGGAGAAGAGGGAAGUAAACCACCAAUUACAAAAAACAGGAAAAGGAAGCACACACAUACACACUACAAAUGGCUCACUCAUUACGAUCGUAUACACCUCAAUGCCCCACUGCACUACUACUUCUACUUUCUCCUUACACAUGCCAGAGAGGAAGGAGCGAAAUUCCCCAAAGGAUACGGGCAGGAUACAGGGAGCCCUUAUUAGAAAAGCGAAACCUGUGGCGGAAGAAUGGUUCUACCGUAGCAAACUUGGCACCUACCCCUCCACAUGGUGGUAGUAGUAGUAGUAGUAGUAGUGUAAGGAUAAUGGAGCAGAGAUGGUUGGCCAGAGAGCCAGAGAGCGAAAGAGACAAGAUGAACUAGCGAGUCUCUUAAGGAUAUCUCAGUUCAGCAUUUUGUAAUCUAAGCAAAUCCCCCCCAGAAGUAAGAAGUGGCAGAUCCGGUCAUGCACUCUUAAGAUAUCACUCACAAAGUCAUCCUGGCAAUUACAAUUUCAAAGACAGAAAAAUCUAGACAAAAAGGACAACGAGAGAAAGGAGAAAGGGAAUGAGCGAAAGAGAUUGGCAGCAAACGAAAAUCAUUUUAAAACUGGGACAUUUUACAACCACUACACACUACUAACGGGAAGGUAGUUUUGCCAAAAUCUCCAUCGUUUUUGGUGGAGGAGUUAUACAGUGUUAGACGGAAAAAAGGUGACAGCAUUACAUAACGGAUAGUAACCUCAACUUAAAAGUACUUUCCUUCUUCGCUGGCACAAUGUGUCUCAAGCAACAGACAACAGGAAGAGGGGAGGCGGGGGGCCCUGGCUAUAAUAGGCUUUUGAGACAUUACCAUUUUUAUGUAGACAGCAACACGGCAUAUUACUGGACUGUUUUUCCUGGAAAGCCUACGGGUAAAGGGCCGGAGCCGGUCGUUCAAUUGGGAUUUGAACUAACCCUAUCUUGACUCCCCUCCUCUGCCCCCCCCGUGAUCAUGUCAACAGAAGUCAGGUCAGGUGGUUGUAUGGUGCAGAAAAAAGGUAGACGUAAAAAAACACUGUAGACUUAUGACGGAUCUCAUCUAUUCGUGUGAGUCAUUUUAGUAGAUGUGUGUGGAGUCAGGGGAGUGCAGGAGGAAGUAGGAAUCCUCCCUGAGGAUGCAAAAGGGAGAGGGAUUCAUUUCCUCCUUUUUUCAAUUGAGAUUGGUCGAUCCCCCCCAGAACACACAUCCCUUCACCAAACGCACUUCGUGCUGGAAAUAUAAUACUGUAUGUGCAUCCUGGAACAACUUACCGUAAUACGACUUCUAUUACUACUAGACAAAAAGAAAACAACGUUAAGCAUUAAAGGACGUAGACUGACCAGAAACAAACAUCCCGACGAUUACUACUAACACGACGAUAUAGCAAACGGAUAUCGACGUUAUAAUUGCAAAUAGUAGGGACACACAGCAGUUCUUGCAUUCAAAACCCAUGUUAAAAAAAAAAGAUAAAAAAUUAAACCGAUGGUAAAGGAAGAUGAUGUAGCCGUGGAAAAACAAACAUAA